AUGUGUUGCAGGUCGAUGUUGCUGACCUUCCACCACCUCAUCCCAAAGGACGUGCACCCCACCUACCUGGGCAAGCGCCUACCCCGCGGGGUGGAGGCCCCGUGCGCGUGCCCCACGAGGGCAUUCCUCAACACCUACGGCCUCAUGAUUUGCCGACCGUGCCACAACACCGUGCACAAGAUCGCAGAUAAUGGGGUCCUCGCGACCGAGUACAACACGUUGGCGAAGCUCAUGGAGCACCCCAACGUCCAGAGCUGGGUGGAGUAUGCAAAGAAACAACGGGCCACGAAGCGAUCUGGAAGAUAG